AUGACAGACAGUGGAAGUGAGAGCGGAAGUGCCGAUUUGGAGAAGAGCGUCGACAUUUCUUUAAAAAUGGAGUCGGUUUUACAACCACCACCGCCAUUCUCGUUCGAGAAUAAUCUAGUUAAUGUGACUUCCGGAAAUUUAAGUGCUGAGUGGGACAAUUGGAAGAAAUCUUUUAAAAUCUAUUUCGAAGCAUGUGAACCUUCAGCGAAAACUAAUAAAGUGCAAGUAAAUAUAUUGUUGCAUGUCAUCGGAACCAAAUGUCGAGAGGUGUACGAGCAAUUUACAAACAACGACACGGAUACGGUGGGAGACUUGCUACAGAAGUUUGAUGCGUUUUUUGUUCCGGUAAAAAAUUUGGCAGUCGAAAGGCAUAAAUUUUUUAAAAGAGAUCAGAAGGAGUUAGAGUCAACCGAACAGUACAUGUUUGAACUAAAUAAGAUAGCAGCCAAAUGCGAGUUUGGAGAAUUACGUGAUGGAUUACUGUGCAGCAGGUUCAUAUGUGGUGUGAGAGAGGUGACCCUUUCGGAACGGAUGCUGAGGGAACCAGACAUUACAUUAAAGAAAGCCAUGGACAUAUGCAAGUUAGCGGAGAUGUCAAAAAUACAGGCAUUGAAUAUAAAAACAAAUAGUGUCGAACAGCACGUACACGAAGUUUCACAAAACAAUAAUCAAUCCGGAACUAAAACCUGUGACGUGCAUGUAGUAAAUAGGCGUUAUGCCUCAGCCGCCAUAAACCGCCCGCGCCGGCCGCCUCACACACCGAUGCGAUCAAACGCGCCCAGCGGUGCUCGGGAGCAACAGACAUAUCAUACCAGAUCUUCAUUUUCCACUCCUAACCCCAGAGAGAGGACGUUUAAUCGUUACAACAAUCCAUCACCGCAAGGAACUUCAAGUGAACCGCAGAGAACUUUUAACGGCUGUAGUAAUUGCGGUCAUGCACACAGAAGGAUGGAGUGCCCCGCGUUCGGAGUACGGUGUAACAAUUGCAAUCGGAUGAAUCACUAUGCGAGAAUGUGUCGAUCGUCGCGUCGAGUGUACGAAAUACAAGAGGACUCCACCGAUCAGGUAAUCGCUCAAGUUAAUAAUGUUAACAGUGACUGGUCAGUAAAUUUAGAGAUAAAUAAAGGGUGUAUUACGUUUAAUCUAGAUUCUGGAGCGCAGGUAAAUGUAUUGCCUAAAAGAUUCUUGAGUAAAAUCCAGUUAUCAACUGAUGAUUUAACUCAAACAUCAACAACGUUGCGUGGCUAUUCUGGGGAAGAGAUUGCCGUAUUGGGAAAAUGUUAUUUAAAAGUAGUUUGCAAGGGAAAUACAUAUUUUUUGAAGUUUAUAAUUGCCGAUGUUGAUUCGUGUCCGGUACUUGGUAGGAGUUCAUGUGAGGAAUUAAAUUUAGUUAAACUAGUUAGGUCUAUUAGCGAACAUUCUCCAAGUGAAAAAAUAUUAGACGAGUUUUUAGACAUUUUCGAGGGUAUGGGUUGUUUGCCAGGGGAAUAUAAAAUACAGUUAAAAAAUGACGUUUCCCCAGUAGUCCACGCUCCGAGAAAGCUACCGUUAGCAUUAAAAGAUCAGAUAAAAAACAAAUUGGAUGAGAUGGAAAGGGAAGGUAUUAUUUCAAAAGUAGAGGGUCCAACAGAUUGGGUAAACAGUAUGACUGUAGUCAAGAAGCCAAAUGGUGAUUUACGCUUAUGCCUGGACCCCCGCGAUUUAAAUAAAGCAAUUAGGCGCGAAUAUUUUAAACUGCCAACGUUUGAGGAAAUUACGGCGGAGUUGUUAGGUGCGAAGUAUUUCAGCACAUUAGACGCGAAGCAAGGCUUUUGGCAGGUAAAACUCCAUCCAAGUUGUACAGACCUUUGUACUUUUAAUACGGUAUUCGGGAGAUAUAAAUUUUUAAGGAUGCCUUAUGGAAUCUCCUCGGCAUCUGAAAUAUUUCACAAGCGGCUGUAUAGUCAUUUUGAUGAUAUAGAGGGUGUAGUGUUAUUUGUUGACGACUUGUUAGUGUAUGGACCAACUAAGGAAAUUCAUGAUCAGAGAUUAAGAGCGGUGUUGAAUAGAUGCAAAGAUAUUAACAUAAAACUAAAUAGGCAAAAAUGCAGAAUCGGCUUAUCCGAGAUAAAAUAUCUUGGCCACAAAAUUGGCAGCGAUGGUAUUCGUCCGGACGAUUCUCACAUAUCAGCGAUUAGGGACAUGCCUACGCCGCAAAAUGUAAAAGACGUGGAAAGAUUUUUGGGUCUUGUAACAUACGUUAGUAAUUUUAUACCCAACUUCUCUGAGAAGUCUGCUAAGCUAAGAGAACUUUUGAGAAAAGACAUUGAAUGGCAUUGGGACAAAAAUCAUGAAGAUUGUUUUAAAGAGCUUAAAACAGGUCUAACCUCUUCACCAGUAUUGCAAUACUAUGAUAUAAACGCACCAGUGGUGAUUUCUGUUGAUGCGAGCAAACAUGGUUUAGGUGCUUGUUUACUACAAGGGAAUUUACCAGUUUGUUACGCUUCCAAGUCGUUGACAAAGACAGAGCAGGCAUACGCUCAGAUCGAAAAAGAGCUGUAUGCUUGCGUCUUCGCUUGCGAGAAAUUCUAUACAUAUAUAUAUGGCCGAACAAACAUAAUAAUAGAAACCGAUCAUAAGCCACUUGUAAACAUAAUUAAUAAACCCCUUGCCAAUGCUCCAGCACGAUUGCAGAGAAUGUUGAUGCGUUUAUAUCCAUACACGUUUACAUUAGUGUACAAGCCUGGCAAAUAUUUGUAUAUCGCGGACGCACUAUCGCGUGCACCUGCACCGAACGCAGGCACGCCCCUCCCCCCGCUCGACCAUCUCGAAGCGCAGGCGCAAGUAUGCGCAAUCGCGGCUACUAAUGCUUUAACCGACACACAUUUAUUAGAGAUACAAAGGUGCACAAAGGUGGAUGAUGAGCUUCAAAGUUUAAUAAAAGUAAUUAAACGUGGUUGGCCAAAUGGGAAGGAUAAACUAAACGAUACUUUAAAAUGUUACUGGAAUAUUAGAGACGAACUUACUACUGAUUUUGGAAUGAUAUGGAAGGGUAAUAGGAUUGUCAUACCAAGGUGCAUGCGACACGAUAUGUUAAAAAAAAUCCACUCCAGUCACUUGGGAUUAGAUAAAUGCAAACUUAGGGCUAGGGAGACAGUGUACUGGCCAAAUGUUAAUUCACAAUUACAAGAUUAUCUGUCUAACUGUCAAGCGUGCCUCACCUAUAAAAAACAGAAUUCGAAGGAGCCUCUGAUUUCACACGAAAUACCGAAAAAACCAUGGCGUAAAGUAGGCGUAGAUAUUUUUCAUCUAGCGAAUCGGUCGUACAUACUUGUUGUAGAUUACUUCAGUAAAUUUAUAGAAAUAGCGAAAUUACAAAGUUUAAAAUCAGAAAACGUAAUUUCUGAACUUAAAUACAUAUUUCGAAGACACGGCAUACCGAAAAUUAUAAUGAGCGACAACGGACCAGAAUUUUCCUCUAACCUUUUCAAAGAGUUUUCUUUAAAUUGGAAAUUCCACCACGUCACUUCGUCCCCUGGAUACGCGCAAUCAAACGGCCAAGUGGAACGAUCCAUACAAACAAUGAAGAAUAUUAUUAAAAAAACUAAUUUCGACGGGUCAGAUUUAGACAUUGCGUUGUUAGAGUAUGUAUGUACACCGAUAAGUGAUAAUUUACCGUCACCUGCAGAGUUGUUAUAUAACAGGAAACUUCGAAGUAUAAUACCGCAUAAAACUAACCCAACGGUACCUAAGAUAAGAACGCAACAAGAGUAUCACGAUAUAUUAACACAAAGACAGGGAAUUCAAAAACAUUAUUUUGAUUUACGGACUAGAAACUUAAGCCCCUUAAGAAUUGGACAAAAAAUAAAAUUAAGACUAUUAAAUAGUUGGGUUCCAGGUAUAGUGCACAGCAUUUUAGGGCCUAGGUCAUAUCUGAUCUCAAUGCCUAACGGUAACAUUCUGCGACGCAACAGGAGACAUCUAAUUAUAGAUGCGUACAAAAGACCAGAACCAACAUAUUUUAACCUAGACGAUGACGUAAUCUCUCCCUCGUUGGUUACGCAACCACAAACAACAUCCAGCUCCAACCAACCGAUUGUUCAGUCAGCUGAUCAGAAUGUGCAAACUAAUAUGUUUUAUCGUACUCGUUCCGGCAGGACAGUGCGACCUCCUGAUCGGUGGGGAUACCCCUCCACGUCCGCCGCGGUCAAUCGUGUCACGUGA